UAUUUACUGUAAUAUGUUUAAAGCAUCAAUAAAGAGUAUUCUUGUACUAAUAAGUUUAAGGCUUUGGUUACCUUGUGACUGUGAUAUUCCAGAUUUUGAGUACGUUAAGCCAAAUUCAGUUGAUGGAGUCGUCGAUCAUUAUUGCGCUCCGGAAUAUAAUUGCGGAUAUGAUGGACAAACAUUAAAUUUAUUAUGUUUGAAACAGCGUUGUAAACCAACACGUCACUGUGGAGACUAUUUUAAAAUGAUACCACUAAGCGAUGGUGAAAGAGACAUAAUUACUCACGCCCACAACGAAAUUCGUCAUGAUUUUAUUCUAACAAAUACCGAUCUUAACGAACUUGCUAAUACGACAGGAGUAAACAUAACAAGAAAAGUUGAGUCUUUAUAUUUCUAUCCUCGGCUGGAAAAGUUCCCCGGAAAGUAUAAUGAGAGCAGGAUUAAAUAUAUGAAUGAAGUUUCUUACGACAAGGAAUUAGAGUUUUUUGCUCAGUGCUGGGCAAAUUAUUGCUUACACGAUGGAAAGCAUGCUAACCCUGAUAAUUGUAGAAGAGCUUUUCAACAUCGCGAUCCAGGACAAACAGUAUUUUCGUAUACGUUGGUAACCAAUCGUAUUCAAGCGGUAAACUUCACCCAUAGAAAAUUUUUGGAUAGAGCCAUUUUUGCAUGGUACAAUGAAAUUUUUGAAUAUACAGAUGAAAUGUUUGAAGAUGUUUUGGAUAAUUAUAUAUACAAGGAAGGACCAAAUACAAUAAACAACUUCAUUCAGUUAACAUACCCUCCCGUCAACUACGUAGGAUGUGGAAGGACCCAAUAUGGAUAUGGUGACAUGAUAACUUUGGCAAUAAUUUGCAAUUAUGAUAAACGACCAAUAAAUAACGAACCCCCAUAUGAAUUUAUUGAUGAUUUUGGUGAAACCUGUCCGGGAGACUAUGAUCACCCUAAUCGAACAAUCAUAGAAGAGCGAAUUCAUUGUACAGAUGGUUCGGGUGCAAUUUAUUAUCCUAUGUCUUUCAUAAACUGCAUGUAUCGUUUUCAUGCGGCGGUCCGUAGAAGAGUAUACGAAUAUGAAAUAUACACUGAUGAAAGUACUAAUUAUCCGGGAUUAUGCGGAAGGCAACGUCAACUUAUCAAUGAUACGUGGAAACCACCAUUUGCUAUGGUGACAGAAUAGACAAGUGAUAAGAGGACACAAUUGGAAACAAAAUAUAAUAUUCUCAGAUAUGUGCAUAUAAAACUGUUACAACUAGAAAUGUGCUGUUUCAUUUAAC